AUGGCUGAACAGGAUUCUUUCCUCCACAUUGCGAGGCCCUUGGGUCCCGCUGCUGUCGGUGCACAACCUACGACCGCUCCCCUUCGAGUCGUGAUACAGCCACAAGCUCUCUUCUCUAUCCUUGACCACUGUACUCGCCGCCCACCCGACCAACAACGAGUCAUCGGCACCCUCCUUGGAACCCGCUCAGAUGCCGAUGAAUCUCAAGUUGUCGUCCACUCCUCCUUUGCAGUCAGCCACACCGAGACCACGGACCAAGUCGAGGUCGACAUGGAAUACCAAAAAGCCAUGCUUGCGCUGCAUCUACGAGCAAACCCCAAAGAGGUGCUGGUGGGCUGGUACGCGACCAGCUCCGAGUUGAACACAUUUUCCGCCUUGAUUCAGAACCACUACAGCAGCCAAGGCGAAGGCACGUAUCCUUAUCCUGCAGUCCACAUCACCGUGUCAUGCCAGCCUGGCCAGGACACCGAAGUAAGAACUUACAUCUCGUCCCCGGUUGGCGUCAACCCGGAGAGGGCGGCCGACUCUGCGGCAUUCAUCCCAGUUCCGUAUGCGGUCAACUAUACUGAGGCCGAUCGGGCGGGUAUCGAGGCUCUUGGACUCGCCAAGAAUUCCGAGACGAGGACGGCGGGGGUUUUGACGGACAUUGAGAACCUGGAACGCUCGCUGGAAGACACGGUCGCCAUGCUGGACCGAGUUGCGAAAUACGUGGAAAACGUCAUCGAGGAAGAGGAAGAGCCUUCGACAGCACUAGGUCAAUUCCUGCUCAACACUCUGGCUCUGGCACCAAAGGUCGAUCCUGCAGAUAUCGAAAAGGACUUCAACAACCAUGUUCAGGAUGUGUUGACGGUGUCAUAUCUUGCUAACAUGAUCCGUACUCAAAUGGAUUUGUCCAACCGAUUAGCGACAGCGCAAUUAACGAUGGGCGGCGGCGACGCAGGCACGCAGGAGAAAGGACAGAGACAGAACAGACAAGGAGGUCAGACCAGGCAAAAUCGUGCCGAAAGUGUGACUUUGACGAACAUGUGA